CCGACGGCAUGUAGCCUCCAUCACGCUAGGGGGGGCUGCAAUCACCUUUCUCUGCCAGCUCAUCAGUCCGUUGCGUUGUGAAGACGAGGAAGUGAAGUGUCAGGUUUGCAAAUGGAGUGGAGCGUAAGUGGUGUACUGUAAUCAAAGCAAGGCGCUCAUUAUUGUAAAAAUGUCGGAAGACCUUUAUGAAAAGUUCCUCGCCCCCGAGGAGCCUUUCCCAUUACUCUCUCAACGAGGAAACCUCAGCGAAGUCGGCACAUUGGAUGUUAGCGAUUUCGGCUGUCAGCUGUCAUCGUGUCAUAGAACAGACCCUCUGCGCCGGUUCCAUAGCAACAGGUGGAACCUCACAUCCUGUGGCACCAGUGUGGCCAGCUCAGAAUGCAGUGAAGAGCUCUUCUCCUCAGUCUCUGUCGGGGACCAGGACGACUGCUACUCCCUGCUGGAUGAUCAGGACUUCACCUCCUUUGACCUCUUCCCAGAGGGCAGUGUGUGCAGUGACGUGUCGUCCUCCAUCAGCACGUACUGGGACUGGUCGGAUAGUGAGUUUGAAUGGCAGUUGCCAGGCAGCGAUGUUGCGAGUGGAAGCGAUGUGCUGUCAGACAUCAUUCCCAGCGUCCCAAGCUCUCCCUGUCUGGUCCCCAAGCGGAAGACCAAGCAGCACAGGAACCUUGACGAGCUCCCCUGGAGUGCCAUGACAAAUGACGAGCAGGUGGAAUACAUUGAAUACCUGAGUCGGAAGGUGAGCACUGAGAUGGGACUGCGGGAACAGCUGGACAUUAUAAAGAUCAUCGACCCGUGUGCCCAGAUCUCCCCGACAGACAGCGAAUUCAUCAUUGAGCUCAACUGUCUGACAGAUGAAAAACUAAAGCAGGUGAGGAGCUACAUCCGGGAGCACGGCCCCCGGCAGCGGCCCGGCAGCACGCGGGAGGGCUGGAAGCGGAGCGCCCACAGCAGCGCGGCCAGCAGCAGCAACGGCAGCAUGGUGAGCAGCGGCAGCAGCAGCGCCGGCUCCAGCAGCACCUCCAACAUCAGCCGCGCCCACAGCGACGGCAACCUGUCGGCCAGCGCCGCCGAGCGCAUCCGCGACUCCAAGAAGCGCUCCAAGCAGCGGAAGCUGCAGCAGAAGGCCCUGCGGAAGCGCCAGCUGAAGGAACAGAGGCAGGCGCGCAAGGAGAGGCUCAGCGGCCUCUUCCUCAACGAGGAGGUGCUGUCGCUCAAAGUGCCCGAGGAGCAGGACCACGAAGGAGACGUGGACGUCUUGAUGUGACAGGAGUGAAAGUCUCAGUGUUCCUUCUACGCCUCGGGUUCCGCGUACGUGGGUGUCGGCCAAAUUCAAAAUGAGUAUUGAUUUCAAAAAAUAAAAUAAAAAUAAACAAAUGUGGCACGUUGUAUGAAGCAUCCCACUUGAAAGAUUGAAGAAAUCUGUUUUAGCGACCCGCGCCUGAAAAAGAUGUGCAUGAAAUGCCUAGAAUUAAGAGACUAAAGUACCUUAAGUUUUAGAGAAAAUAAAAGCGCUUACUGCUUUAUGUGCUUUGCUUCAAUCUUGACACUACUAGGAAAUGCUGGUCUUGGAUUGGAAUAUCGUCAUUUAAAAUGAUGCACAGUAUUUACUCAAAAGUUCAGAGUGUCAUUGCAGUCAAGGCUUUGCAUAUCUAUAUUGGUGUCUGUACACCGUGUGGCUUGAGUGAACCCAGCUGAAGGCGUAGAGGGAACACUGAACCUCGUAUCUGACGUGGGAGAAAAUGUGGACCUUUGAAUCCUUGGUGGAUCAAUGAUUAAAAAGUUAGCAUCCAUUAAAGUUGUAUGUAAUCAUGUAAAUGUUAUAUAACUGCUCUCUUAUUUUGUACUGUGACGUAGAAGCUAAAGCAUUACCUGAACGUGUCGUCAUUUUCACUUUGCAGUGACAUAAAAUUCUACUAACAUCUAAAUGAAACAAAUGGGUAAUUUCACACUGCUGUACUGUCACCUCUUUUUUUUUAUUUUUUUUUUUAAUAUGUAUUUGUUUCCUCCUCAUCCUCUUGUUUUUUUGGUUAUCGUGGGAUCUGGUUGUACUGAGCAUAGACUCAUCUUUUGCGCAGAUGUAAUGGGAUUUCCAUAUACACAGUCCCCCCUCAUGGAAACAAGUGCAUUUUACUUUACUGACUAUAGUGCACUUGCAGUUUUGUUUGUAGUGGUACAGUGUACUGUGGAUAUAUAUUUAUGCUCUUUAAAUGAUCUCUACGCAUUAUAUCUGCUGUACAUUUGCAUACAAGUAUCUACAGUCAAUAUUUAUGACAGAAAUGGAGAGAAGAUGCAUCGCUGUACCAUAAGUUACAAAUUUCUAUUUUUUUCUUGGAUUAACUAAAAACACUAAUAGUGUAAUAAUUUCUAUGUGUAGUCAAGGAUUUAGCAUUCUAUAUUGAAAUUGGGUUGUAAAAUAAGUCCAGAGUGUCGACUUUCAACAACAGAUUUCGUUGGUUGUUGUAGUGUUGGACAUUUCAGGAUUAAUAAAUAGUUUUUGUUGUAUUAAAUAUUCUGGUCAUUUCCAACCUAUUAUUAUGAAAGGUAGUGAUAAGAGAUUGAAUCUUCAUUUAACCAAAAAGGGUGAUGCUCUUAGUGUCUCAGAUUUGAAGCGACCAUUUUACUUUACUGUGAAAGGAAAUAUAAAAUGGAGGCCAAAACUGACUGAGCUCCACCCACUAUGGGGUUCAUGAAACCUCUCUCAUCACUACAAAAGCAGACAAGUGCUACUUUUAUCAAUUGCUUUUAGAGUUAUAAAAACUUUUUUAUUUUUGUUACACAGGUUCCAGUAAAGGAGACUGUCCCCUUUCUUUUCACUUUCUUUUCCUAUCACUGUAAAUAGGUCUGUGCAUUCUAUAACACUUAUUUUCAAUGUAUUUCUCUUCAUCUCUGUAUAUGUAUAUAUACAUACAAACAAACAUACAGUUUGAUUAGGCGCAAGAUCAUAAAGUUGAAGUGUAGCAUUUGCUCUAGUCGCUGAUUUCAGUCAUGUAAAUGUAAAAUGUUACUCUAGUCGCUGAUUUCAGUAAUGCUAAAUCUAAAUAAGACCAUGUACUUUAUGCAAAAUGUGCCACAUCAGACAUGGUAGUCAUGAAAAUAAUUUUACUAAUAAAUGAAAAAAAAAACACUAUUUUAUGAAUAUCAUAGGUUAAGUAAGGUUUCUAGAUUGAGGACCAUACAUGUUAAUUAUACUCAGGCUAGUGCAUUACUUUUACCUUUCGAUAGUUUAAUGGCAAUUCCUAUAAAACUUAAAAAAUGAAUGAAGCUGCAACUAUAGGAUGUAUGGCAUAAAGUUAAAUUAGCUUCAGUUAUGAUUGUACGAACAGAUUUCACAUUCGACUUUGUACAGUACACAGCCCUUCAUUCAGUUUGCUGAACCGGGUGUUUGGUCUUAUUUUCCUAAGUUAGGUACUUAUUAUGCAAUAUAGUACUGCAUGUUUGCAGUAUAUAAAGCAAAAUUAAAUGCAGUCUGAAAUAAUUGAACAACAAAAUAGGAAAUUAGGCCUUCUAUGAAAAAAGGAAAAUUUCAUUUCAUCGACUAUUGAAUCAUUAGAACUGCUAUUAAGGAAUCAAACCAAAUCCAAGUGAAAAUAAACCAAAAUUUACACGAUAGGAGCAAAUGAUUGUGAUCAGAUUUCAGCGCUUGGAGGUAUUGCAUUGUAUAAAUAAUAUUAAAUGUAAAUCCCCGCUUUACCUCUGUCAGUACACAAUUGUACAUUUUCCAACAAUAUUCUGUGCAACUUUUUGUUCUGGACUUAAUUCAUAUAUUUGUAUUUGCCCUUUAACCCUGUUUAUGUAAUAUGGAUGGUUUAUUUUUUAUAUUGGUGCACAAUAAAAAUGAAAAAAGAUGAAAUAUUUUUGUUUUUAAAGUGACCUCCCUAAGCUGAUGGCUGACUUGGUGUCUGUCCAUGUCACCUUUUCAAAAGCAUCCAGACCUGUUUAAAUGCAUUUCUUUGAUCAGACUUUCACCUCAACAGUGCCAUGUAGAAUGAAACCAUUUUUAAGGACCAUCCAUAUCCUCCAUAAAUUCCUAAUAAUUAGUGUCUAACACGGUUUCCUGGGCAGAUACUAUUAUGACCGGUUACAGUAUGCAUGUUAUUUAAGAACAUAAACCAUGUUGUAUCAACGAACCCUAGCUUGGUGCAGCUUGGUGCAUAGUCUAAAAGCUGUACGAGAAGCUAGAGUAUAACGUGCUGGAAAUCAAACGAAUGACGCCGACAGCUAAAAGUAGCUGCACGUUACUUACAAAACAUGAAUAUUAAGCAUUACACUUCACCCAUACAACUUUCAGUAAUAUUCACCCCAGGACAAAAGGCAUUACCAUUGUGUUUACCUAAGGGUAUUACUUGAAAAGGUUUAAAACAUCUUAAACUAUUUUUUUAUUCUUUAUAUAGUGACUAGUGUUUCUCAUUUUACUGGCAUGUGAUCGCCUGAAAAAUUCUCCUGCAAAACCCCUCCACUCCUUUUGUCCCACUCCCUGUCCUCCUUUAGUUCAUUAAAACUGUAAACUGUAUAACUGCCUGUAUAACUCUUUUACACCACUUACCUUUCCUUCCCAUUCAUCUCCCUUAAGUUCAGCACGAGAGGAGAAAUGGCAAGCACUGUAACGCAUGAAAUCGUUAGUUGCUGGAUCAACACGCACUCUCCUUUCUUCCCCUCAGAUGUUCUUCUGUAUGUGGAUAUGAUUUCUGUUUGUUUUUUGUCUUUCCUGUUUAUUCUCAAAGAGCCACAAACCAACAAUAAAAACUCAAGAAACA